AUGUCAGAAUAUCGAAGACCGGAAAACCGAGACCACAAACCCGAGGAUGCAUAUUACCGAAACCUGAUAAGGUCAACUCCUAGAAUACUAAAAUCUGAUACUGAUGACAACGGUACUUGGUAUAAGAUGAGUGACUAUAAACGUAUUGAAUCCAAGAUACAGAGAAACACUGAACAUGACAAGAAAGAAAAAAAUGACAGGCAAAGAAUGGGGACACAGUUUGAUAUGGCUCCUUACAUGGAUAUAUUAACUGCAGUUGUUACAAUUGAGAAGAUAAAUGAAGAACAACUUUUAUUACCUAAUAAAACACUUGGCUUUGUGAUAUAUGACUCCUGCUACUCAGAAGUUCAGUCAGUUGAUGGAACUUUGCGACUUCUCUCUGGACAGAAGAAAAUGAUCCCAAAUUAUUCAUGCAGUUUAUUUCCUCCUCAAGUUGGCAUUAUUGGGGACAUGCUGUCCUCUUCAUCCCUUCCAGUUGCAAGGCUGCUGGGAGUCUACAGGUUUCCUCAGAUAAGUCAUGGUGCAUCUUUACCAGCACUGAGUGAUAAAAAUCAGUUCCCAUCCUUUGCUAGAACCACUCAGAGUAUUUACUUCCAGCCAUAUGGACUUGCUCAGUUGAUUAUGCACUAUGACUGGACAUGGGUAGGGAUACUUGCAUCUGACAAUGACUUUGGAAUAACUGGAAGCCAACAACUCAAGGAAAAGCUAAUCAAGUCUGGCUUCUGUGUGCAAUUUUAUGAAAUCCUUCCAUCCCAAAUGACAAAGGGCAAACUUAUAUCAACAGUUGAAAUGAUAAAAAGAUCAACAGCUACAGUUAUAAUAAUUUAUGCUUUUGCAAUUCAGGUGAUUCCUUUAAUGGAAGAGAUUAUUAUGCAAAAUGUCACUGGUAAAAUUUGGAUUGGAAACUCUAGUUGGAUAAUGGCAAUCUAUACAAGAAAAACAAUCUGGAAAUCAUUGCAUGGCACAGUUGGACUUAUGACAUAUAGGAUUAAAAUUCCAGGACUAAAAGAGUUUUUUUACGGUAUCCACCCUUCUCAAUAUCCAAACGACAUAUUUAUUAAAGAAUUUUGGGAGACAACAUUUAAUUGCAAAUGGCCAGGAAAUUACAGCAUUAAAAUAGCUGCCUAUAAAAGAGACACUGAACAGACUGCAUUCUGCACAGGACUGGAGACACUUGAAACUCUGGACAAAACUGCAUAUAAUGUGGAUAGCUUUCCAACUAUAUCAACAAUGCACAAUGCUGUCUAUACUCUGGUACAUGCAUUACAUGACAUGCUGUCCUGCAGACCUGGAGAAGGACCAUUCAUUAAUGGAACCUGUGGAAAUAUUAAUCAACUGUAUCCAUGGCAACUUUUCCAUUAUAUUAUGAGAGUCAACUUUAUAAACAGUGGUGGACAAGUAGUAGCUUUUGAUCAGAAUGGAGAUGUUCCUGCUUUAUUUGAUAUCCUAAACUGGCAGCUGACUGUAGAAGGUAUCAUGGAGUGCAAAAAAGUUGGCAUGUAUAAUCCAGAUACACAGGGAGAAAAGGAAUUUAUUAUCAAUGACAGUGCUAUCUUAUGGAGUGGUGGUCAUUUACAGAUCCCUCGUUCAGUAUGUAGUGAGCCUUGUUCUCCAGGGCACAGAAAGGUUUCUCGCCAAGGAGAACCAGUUUGUUGCUUUGACUGUACUUUAUGCCCAGAAGGUGAAAUUUCUAACAGAAGUGGUAGCAGUGAAUGUAUUAGAUGUCCAGAGGAUUACUGGACUAAUGCAAAGAGGGAUGUAUGCAUUCCAAAGGGCAUUGAGUUCCUUUCGUAUGAUGGAUACUUGGGCUUCAUCAUGGCUAUCGUAACUACAGUCUUUUCUCUGACUGUGGUUGUGGUGUUGUGUAUUUUUCUAAUUCAUCAUAAUUCAACAGUUGUCAAAGCCAACAACCGUGAUGUGAGCUACAUACUUCUUGUGACUCUAAUGUUUUGCUUUCUCAGUGCCCUGCUGUUUGUUGGUUAUCCAAGAAAUAUGACUUGUCUUUUACGCCAGGCAGCUUUUGGUAUACUGUUUUCCCUCUCUGUCUCCUCUAUAUUAGCAAAAACUGUUAUAGUUGUUCUUGCCUUUAAUGCCACCAGACCAGGAAGCAUACUAAAUAUAUUUGUGGGCCCCAAAACACCUUUUUAUAUCAUGUUUUGUUGUUCAGUGCUGCAGGUUGUUAUAUGUACAGUGUGGUUGGCUACUUCUGCUCCCUUUCCAGAAUACAAGAACAUUCCAGAGAAGAUCAUAGUGCAAUGCAAUGAAGGCUCAGUAAUUAUGUUCUACUGCAUGCUGGGAUAUCUGGGCUUUUUAGCCAGUGUGAGUUUCAUAGUUGCCUUCUUAGCCAGGAAUCUUCCUGAUAAGUUUAAUGAGGCUAAAUAUAUCACAUUCAGCAUGAUUAUUUUUAUAAGUGUUUGGCUGUCAUUUAUACCAGCUUAUCUGAGUACAUCAGGUAAGUAUAUGGUUGCUGUGGAGGUAUUUGCCAUCAUUUCCUCAAGUGGUGGACUUCUGAUAUGCAUCUUUUUCCCCAAAUGCUAUAUUAUUCUGCUAAGGACCAAUAUAAAUGCAAGGCAAAAUCUGACAGGAAAUCAGUCUAAAAUCAUUAAAUAUUAA